AUGGUAGCACUCGGCAGCUCCUCAGCCACAGCGAGCAAGCCAUCAGACAAUGGCUACACAAGGCCUAGUGCUAUACAGGGAGACCUGGCUGAGCGGUUUGUGUCUCUUAGAUAUGAAAAGAAAACACAUCAACAAAACCACCAGGAACAAUCUGUAUUCUCAACACGCCUUUCCACCCUCUUGUUUCCCUCUGUUAUGAGCACAGACAAAUGCUCUCUCCUCCUACAGUUUCUAUACUACGGUGACAAUUCUAAGGCUAGGCCCCAGGGACCUGCCAGAGUGUUUGUGAUAGGCUUUUGA